AUGACAGAAUACGAAGCAUGCAUCAUGAGUAUCCGUACAACCAUAGAAUGCAAGAUCAAGGUACUAGAGGUAUAUGGGGAUUCUGCACUAGUGAUCUAUCAACUCAGAGGUAAAUGGAAAGUGAGAGACCCCAAGUUGAUUGAUUAUCGAAAGCUGGUCCUUGAGUUAAUUAAGGAGUUUGAUGACAUCACCUUCUACUACCUUCUACGAGAUGAAAAUCAGAUGGUCGAUGCCUUGGCUACCUUAGCUUUCAUGGUCAAAGUGAACAAACAAGAGGAUGUAAAACCUACUCAGAUGAGUAUUUAUGAGGCUCCGGCCCAUUGUUACAACAUCAAAGAAGAAGAAAAGAAUGAUCACCCUUGGUACCACGAUAUACUGCAAUAUGUAAAGAACUAUGAAUAUCCUGAGCAGGCAUCUGAGAAUGAUAAAAGGACACUAAGAAGACUAGCCAAUGAGUACGUCCUAGAUGGGGAGAUCCCAUACAAAAGAAGAAAGAAUCAGGUGCUACUAAGGUGUAUGGAUGCUGUUGAAGCCAAAAAAAUCCUAGAAGAAGUCCAUGAGGGUGUUUGCGGAACACAUGCUAACAGUUUUACAAUGGCUAGACAAAUCAUGAGAUUCAGAUAUUAUUGGUUCACCAUGGAAGAGGAUUGUGGUCGGCCAAGAGACAACCUUAUCACGGUUUUGCUAGCUAAAAAUGAAGGGAAGAAUGGGAUGCUAGGCGUGGAAAGAAGGAAGAAAAUGAGAGAAUGA